AUGUCGAAUGUUGCUGUCGAGGAGAUUCAUAUCGCGACUGUCAACAUAAAAAAUGGCAACUUUAAUGGUCCAUCGAAACCCAAGGAGGUCUGGGCCGAGAAGCCUUGGAAGGAGCGAAAGACGCGACUCGUAGACGCCCUCCUGUCAUCGGGCCCGCUCGACAUCCUCGGUGCCCAAGAAGUCUUCAACUGGCAGCUGAAGGACCUCGCCGAGCUCUUUGGCCCCAGCUACGCCCACGUGGGAGUAGGCCGAGACGACGGGAAGGAAGGGGGCGAAUUUAGUCCGAUUUUUUAUGAUGCUUCCAAGUUUGACUUGGUCAAGUGGGGUACGAUGUGGCUUUCUUCCACUCCCGAGGUUCCGGGGUCUAAAGGCUGGGAUGCGGAUCUGCCGCGUAUUGCGACGCUUCUUACUCUCAAGUACAAGGACCCUUCUAAGAAGGGAGAGCUCGUGCAUGCGGUCAACACCCAUUAUGACCACAGAGGUACCACAGCUCGGGCGCAGAGUAGUUUGUUGGUGAGGUCUGCGAUCUGGCAGUGGGUGAAAGACGUUGAGCAGGCCGAGAAGCCCGGUAAGGUCGGGCCUCUUGUCUUCUUUGGAGACUUUAACUCCCCCCCGGAGGAAGACGGAUACAAGAACAUGACCUCCCUCCACCCCUUGCCUUCCGGCCAACCGUCUUUCACCUUUAUCGACACCUACACCCAUCUCCUCUCCCUCUCUUCCUCUCCCCACUCUUCCGCUUCUCCUCUAAAGACACUCCAAACCCGCCCCUACGGCCCCGCCUUCACCUACACCGACUUUGCCCCGCCCAACGCGCCCCAAGCUAAGCGUAUCGACUUUGUCCUCCUGGGCGCGGAAGUGGAUGACAAGAACAAUAGGGGUAAGGCGAGAGGAGGGUGGGAGGUGGUGAGGUAUGCGUGUGUUGAUAAUUAUGUGGAGGGGGAUGUGGAGGGUUGGAAUGCGAGGUGGAGUGAUCAUAGGGCUGUAAGGGCUACGAUUGCCAGGCCGGCUUGA